UCGGCAAUGUUUAAAUUAAACUUAACAGAUCACACUGUUAAGUUUAACACAAGUUCAAUUUCUCCUCGGCAAUGUUGUCAAGCUAAUAGUAAAUGCCGCUAAUCCGCGGGCUGCAACAGAUCGUUAAUUCGCCACUUCAUUGCAAUCGGCGUUUAAUGCACACAAUUGAGCCGGUGUUUGUUGUACAAAUUAAUAUUGAAGUCAACUAUAAACAUGUUUUCUCUCAAAAAAUGUUGUCGUAUCACUCCACAACUACAAGUGGUGGGAAGCAGAAGUGUGCACUGCUCUUACACCACAAGACAAGUCUGUAAGAUGACUCGGGUGAGAGUGGUUGACAACAGUGAGAUCGGCAAGGCUGCCAUGUUGGAUGGGAAACCUCCUAAAAUUAUCCAUAUUUAUUCAAAGAUAAAGUACGGUGUCACAGGGGAUAAAGUGCUUGUCACCGUCAAAGGGGAAAUGAAGAAAGCUAUCAUAGUUGGCUGCCAUCAAGAACAGAAAGCUUUCAUCCCAAAAUUUGACAGCAAUAAUGCAGUACUUGUAGAUGAAAAUGGAUCACCACUCGGCACCCGCAUCCUCGCGCCCAUACCCACCUUCCUGCGCAAGAAACUGAAGGAAAUGAGCAGAUCUAAGGGGGCAGACUACACCAAGCUGCUCUCUAUCGCCACUAGAUAUGUUUGAAUAUAGUUAUUACACGUAAAAGUAUUUCGGUAACAGGGCAAGGGCGCAAUGAGUGUUUUUUUUUGAGAAGUUCACAAUGCGUAAUUUUUUGUCUGGAUGCGCAGAACUUAAGCAGAACCUAUUUCUAGAGGGGAAAGACUAGUCGAAUAAAAUUUUCCUGCGGUUUUGUUAUCAAAAUUUUAGAAUUCAAAUUGGGGGAUAAGAAAUGGCUUGCUUACUCUCUUGUUACGCUCUAGUUCUCUCUAAGCGAGAUGAGUCUAGUCAUUACGAACUUCGAACAUAGAUUUUUCAGAGCGUCAACCCCGGCACAAUGAGUAUGUUGUCUUUCGCCCAGUUUAUUUUCUCUGUUGUUCUAUGAUCAAUUACAUUGCUUGCCUUAAAUGCAGCCCUUAGAAUCGUGCCAUGCCAUUUGUGUAUUUAUCUCAUGCGUUUCAUUGUUGAAUUUCUGUAAUUAUUAAGAAAAACUUUAGUUCAGUAAAUAAUUUUAAUGUA